AUGAAGAGGUCAACUGAUGAGCCUGAUGGCCAGGAAGCAGUUGCUAUGUUGUCGGCGCACGAUGAUGGAGCUGCGGACGUUCGGCGUGGUAAGAAUGGAAGUGUCCUGAACAGACCUGAAGACCCCGACUUCUUUAGCAGCCCAAAUGACCUUGAAUCUCCAGGAAAUGUGAGCCAGGGCCAGGUGUCUGUUGGCGCAGAGAGCGCGACCAGUUAUCAGUCGGACCACAGCCGGGUUGGUCUGCUGAAGAAGGGCAACACAGAGAAGGAAGUUAUCAUUGAGCAGAAGUUGUCUUUCUAUGAUGAUUACGAUGAAGAAGGAAACCAGUGCCGGAUGGGGCGCUUCAGUCCAGCCUGCUUUCAGCUGUGUGCCAAUAUCAAGAUGUUUGUCUUCUUCAUGUGUGUGCUCAUUGUGGUGGCCUCCUCGCUGACCACCGGCUACCUCAACAGCGUCAUCACCACUAUUGAGAAAAGAUUCGAAAUCGGGAGCUCCGUUUCAGGUCUGGUCGCUGCAGCCUACGAAUUCGGGAAUCUAGUUGCAGUCAUAUUCGUCUCCUUCCUGGGAGCAUCUCGACACAUUCCCAAGCUGAUCGGAUUCGGAGUGCUGAUCAUGGGCAUCGGCUCGCUGUUGUUUUCCCUGCCACACAUCAUCGCUCCCAAGUACUCCAUCCGCUCCGGCAUGAUGGACAACAUCACCGGAGAGGAGGGCAUCUGCCGAGGCUCGGGCCAUUACAUGGACUCCGCCUUGUGUAUCGAGCAGAACUCGGGCAACUGGGGUUAUGUGCUCCUGCUGGUGGCCGCUCAGAUUCUCAUCGGCACUGGGUCAUCGCCGAUCAUGACUCUGGGGAUUGUUUAUGUGGAUAAUCACGUGACCAAGGAGAAGUCGCCGGCGUAUCUGGCAUGUAUGCACGCUUCUGGUGCCUUGGGUCCAGUAUUGGGCUACGCCCUGGGAGCACUCCUGUUGCAGUACUAUGUGGACACCUUCACCCACGACGUCCAGAUGACACCCUCUAGCCCCCGCUGGAUUGGAGCUUGGUGGGGAGGCUUCAUCAUUUGCGGGGUGCUUCUAAUACUCUUGUCGCUGCCCUUCCUGUCUUACCCCCGAGUUCUGGUCAAAGAAAAGAAGCGGAUACUGGAGCAGAAGACCAAGGAGGCUCUGCUGCCGGCUGUUGACGACAUCGUCACGGAAGACAAGCAGUACGGUCACUCUAUCAAAG